AUCAGCAAUAGGAGAAGCUUUGGUUCAGUUAUACGGCGACUAUGGCAUUCCGCUGGCAAGCAGGAGCAUUGUUGCUCUUGGUAAACUUGUCAAAUGCAACCCCUUUCCUCCAUUCAAUUCUCGCCCGGGAUCCCCCUCAGAUGCUACCGGCCAAAGCGACAUCGAAUGACCUCAAAUGGCAGCCGGCUAUGGACUUCGACAAGGACUCAUGUUAUAACACGCCAGCAAUCGACGCGCAAGGCAACAUCGCACCCGGUCUAAGUACAAAUAAUGCCGCUGGAGGCGAAGGAUGCCGGGACGCUAGCGAUCUCAUGAAUAACAAUGUGUAUUCUCGGCAGCGCUGUAACAGUGGAUGGUGCGCAUAUCUGUAUGAUUAUUACAUGGAGAAGGACACCAAAUACGAAAACGCUCCUAUCGGCGGGGGACAUACACACGAAUGGGAGCAUAUCGUGAUAUGGGUCAAAGACAACCAGCUGGAGUACGUCGCUGCGUCUAGGCAUGGUGGCUAUACGGUGAAGGAUAAAAACGAUCCCGCCGUUCAGAUUGAUAGUGGAACUCACGCCAAAAUCGUAUAUCACAAGGACGACAGUAGCACACACGCCUUCCGAUUUCCUAAGACCGAUGGAACGGACGAGCCACCGGAGAACGAUUCGGGAAAGUGGUACAUAUCUCCUGGACUUGUGUCAUACAACGGUUUCCCGAGCAUGGAGCUCCGUGAUAAGCUCGUCAGCUAUGACUUUGGCACAGCUACGAUUGCUUUCAAGGAUGCGACGUUCGCUGAUAAUCUCAAGAAAGCUGCGCCUAGUGGCAUUGAGUUUGACUUUGGCCGGGACGAGGAUUCGCCGGGUACUCCUUAAAGAGGAGGCGACACCUGUCGUGCAAAGAUACCUAUAGGUACCUGGUAU